UGCUUAUAGAUAGUAUUUGAUUAGUUAAGAGCUAUGAUUCUUAGAAGAAAAAAUUAUAUGAAAAACUGUGUCGGCAUUAUCUUCACUUGACCCUUGCUUUUCCAUUUUAAUUCGCCGAACAAUCCAAGAAUUUAACACCCACAAGGCCAGAACAAUCGCCCAUUACCGCCGUAGCCGACACCCAAAAUGAGGAAGGAAGCGGCGCCCUCCUCCGUCCCUUCCGCCGCCGCAGGCACCACCACUUUGGGGAAGCUAUUCAUUUGCUUUGAAACCAAAACAUUAGUGACCACAUUGCUGGCACUUACUUUAGUUAUGUUCUUAUGGAACUUACCUCCUUACUACCAAAACCUCCUCUCCACCACCCGUCCUUGCUCCGUUCCGAUAACCUCCGUUUCCGUCAGCGCUUCCGCCGCAUCCGUCACCGCCAGUUUGAUCUCCACCAAUGUCUCAAUGCCAUACAAGGCGAAUCCGGUAGCAAAGAAGUACAACACGGCGACACGACCUAAACCCAAGGACCCAAACAAGCGGGUUUUCGAGUCGUACGGGAACGCGGCGGCUUUGUUUGUACAGAUGGGUGCUUACAGAGGCGGACCGACGACGUUCGCGGUGGUGGGAUUAGCUUCCAAGCCAAUCCAUGUUUACGGCAAGCCAUGGUUCAAAUGUGAAUGGAUCUCUAACAACGGUUCAUCUUACAGAGCUAAAGCUUAUAAAAUGCUCCCCGAUUGGGGCUACGGCCGUGUCUACACCGUCGUGGUGGUCAAUUGUACUUUCCCUUUCAACCCCAACCAAGACAACAAUGGCGGAAAGUUAAUGGUGAACGCUUAUUACGGUGAAUCCCAAAGAAAAUACGAGAAAUUCAUGGCGUUAGAAGAAUCCCCUGGAUCUUACAACGAAUCAAAAUUCAACCCACCGUAUCAAUACGAGUAUUUAUACUGUGGUUCAUCUUUGUACGGUAAUCUCAGUGCCGAUAGGAUCCGUGAAUGGAUGGCUUACCAUGCUUGGUUCUUCGGACCAAGUUCCCAUUUCGUCUUUCACGACGCCGGUGGGGUUUCACCGGAAGUCAUGGCGGUGCUAGAGCCUUGGGUUAAAGCCGGGAGAGUUACGGUUCAAGAUAUACGAGACCAAGCUGAAUACGAUGGGUAUUAUUAUAACCAGUUCUUAGUGGUGAAUGAUUGUUUGCAUCGGUACCGAUAUGCUGCUAAUUGGACUUUCUUCUUCGAUGUCGAUGAGUAUAUAUAUUUGCCUCAUGGGAAUACAUUGGAAUCGGUGUUGAAUGAGUUCUCUGGUUAUACUCAGUUCACGAUUCAGCAAAAUCCAAUGUCUAGUAUGCUCUGUUUGAAUGGUUCAUCUCAGGAAUAUUCGAGGCAAUGGGGAUUUGAAAAACUACUCUUCAGAGAAUCAAGAACCAAGAUCCGUCGCGACCGGAAAUACGCGAUCCAAGCCAAAAACGCCUUCGCGACGGGGGUGCACAUGUCGGAGAACAUAGUCGGGAAAUCAUUACACAAAACCGAGACAAAAAUCCACUACUACCACUACCACAACACCAUCACACAACACCAAGAACUAUGCCGAGAAUACCUACCGUCAACCGCCGUCAAACAAGUGACAUGGUUCAACAAGUUACCGUAUGUCUACGACGACAACAUGAAGAAAUUAGCCAACACCAUCAAACAAUUCGAGCUCGAAACCAUCGGAAAACAACCCCAACCUGAACCACAUUGAUGAACCAUCUUCGUCCUUUAAAAUGGCCAACCAGAUUGCAGGGGUCUAUAAAUUAAAACCAAGUACCUAUUUUUUGUUGCUUGAACUUUACUCUUCUUCAUUGAACCCAACAUGGUGUCUUUUGAUGCCAACGGUGAUGGAAAAGAGGGGUUGAUAUUGCUUUUGGUAUGGCUGUAAAGGUAAGUACUUUACUUUUGUAUCAUUCCCCAUGGAGCCUUUUUUCUUUUUAUGAUUAUUAAUUUAUUUUUGAUUCUAUAUAUCUAUGGUGGGAAUACUUGUAAAAUUUGUUUCUUUACAUUUAUUUAUUUAAUUUUUUAUGUUUUUUUC